AUGGCCUUGCAGGCGCAGCAGCAGCAGCAGCAGCCUAUGCCGCAUGAUGAUGAUGAUGAUGAUGAUGAUGAUGUUUGCAUACGGGAAUACCAAGUUGAACCUUUGGGAUACCUACCCCACGGUUUUUUCUGCCCAGUCAUUACCAUAAGCAGACGAACAUUGGCUGCAGCGAGAGGCGGUCAAGGCGGACGACCCUUGGCCCGGGGUCCCACCAGACCCAAGGUCCGAUUUCGGUUACCGGCAUUGACGAGGCCACGCCGCAUCAUUGGAAUAGGCUGGCUGCUGAUUGGCGCGGCGGCCUCCCCUCGGUACCACCUGGCCUUCGUUGUCGUAAUUCUCGAGGGUCAUCUCGGUGCUUAUCGCUCCACCACGACGCUUGCCCCCAAGCCCCAAGGGGCGGAAGAUGCACUAGAGCACACAAAAGGGACCGAGGGCGAGGAUGGUCGUUGGACGGGAGAUCCCAAAACACGGGCUGGGGGUUGGUUGCAGCGGAGCACCCAUGCAACCUCUACCCCAACACACAAUGCCCUGUCUCGGUGUAUGUACACAGGCACAUACAGACUCGCAGGCGAUGUCCGUUUGCCUCCCUACUUGCAGGCGACGAGAGCGCGACGGCGCUGUGCCUUUCGGAGCAGACCGGGACAACUGAACAAGCAGCACUGGACUGGACUGCCACUCCCUCAGCGGGGAUGCCACUUUGACUUUGAUGAUUCCAUGAGUCACGAGAACAAAGCUGGUUAUCGUUUCUCCGCUGGCCACGCACCGGUACAUUACCUGGACGCAAUCAGGAGCAAAAAUGGGGGUAAGAGAAAUCACCUCGACGGUACAUUCUCCUCGUCACCAGAGCAGAAACCCGCGUCCACGCGCAUGCAUCAAUGGCAAUGGGACACGUAUGCAGUCCACGUUCAAGCCAUUUUCUUCCUCCGCUUUGAUUCAACUCGCUCAUCUUUCCUCUCCAACGCCCCCCUCCCCCGCCCUCUCACGCUCUCCCGUUCCCUUCCAUCUGUCCAGACGCUUGAACACGGCCCAUAUUGCCAACGGCCAAUUCAUCUCGCCUUGAUCCUGGUUGGCCUAGCCGAGCGCUAUGUAGAGACCGACAGUUGCCCCAGAAGUACUACCUACUUGCCACUACUGUAUCUCGACCUUGAUCGCCUCGACUGCCUGGCCAUUGCCGCCAUCCAACUCAAUAGAAGCACUCUUUUUCCAGAGCAUACCUACCAACAUAUUGCUGGCUCAGACCACCUGCCUAAUCAUGCUCCAGCUCCAAAGCUAGUCUGA